CAGUAGUUCGACUCAUCAGACCCCGAACAUAUCGCUUCCAAUCACGCGAAAGUUUACGCCUCGCUGAUAUCUGUCGCAUAAGAUGACGACUCCCACGGCAGGAGGAAUCCCGGCCGACCGCGGGCCGGCUGUGGUGUUGCGUAUAUCACUUCCAUCUCAGGAUUGGCAGAAGGCAGUCAAAGCGUAUACAAAGGAGUCAAUAUGGAAACUGAAACAGCAUAUCAUGGAGAAGAUGGCCAGCGGGAUAGAAGACGCGUUGAAUUACGGGAUAUUUGUGCCUGCGGACUCAAAGACGGGGAAGCAGGGGAAAUUCCUCGAUGAGAAGCGUGAGCUGGGCUCGUUUAGCCCGGAGAAUAACUGGCUGCUGGAGUUUGUACCGAAGCAUCGAGUCUGGUCAUCUUCAGCGGCUACCGAUGCCGAUGCGGCGCCCGGAUCGCCGUCCAUCAACAGCAAAAAGAAGCAGAAGAAAUUCUUUGAGGAUGUUCAGAAGGGAAAUAUUGACAAAGUCAAGGAGCGAGGCCAGAGAGGAAUAGAUCCAAAUUUUUGGUCGGAAAGCGGAGAAUCUCCGUUGUCCGUGGCGGUCAUGAACAAUGACAAGGAAAUGAUCGGUGUGCUUCUGGAAAAUGGCGCUAUGUCGGAUUACAGAUUGGGAAAGAAAGAUGGCUGGAAAACUCCACUGCACCUUGCGGCCUUGAACAAUAAAGUCGUUGCUCUGCAAACGCUUAUUUCGUAUGGUGCAUGGAUAAACUGCCCAGACGGCGUUGGACUGACGCCGCUCUAUUACGCAACCUUACAUUUACAUGCGGAUGCCGUGCUGCGCUUGCUAGUAGCGCGGGCGGACACGGAGAUUUUUGACGAAUCUGGGAAAGGCCCUCUGCAUAUGGCAUGUUUCCACAACCAUGAGGCCAUCGCAUCCAUUUUGAUUGACCUGGGAGCAAAUCUGAACGCCCCCAACGCCGUCGGGAACACGCCAUUGCAUGUAUGCGCCACGCGAGAUGCCAAAGACUGUGCGAGGUGGCUUCUGCUUCGAGGUUGCGAAAGGGAGUUGGUCAACAAAAGUGGGCAAACUGCAGCUCAAUUGGCGGGGUUGAGCGGGAGUAGCGAAAUCGGGGACCUGAUCAAGAAGUGGACCGAUGCGCAAGUGAUCCCGCCGCCCCCGAAACCGGUGCAACCUGGGGAGGACUUGCAGCAUGUGUUGGCUGCAGUCCCUGCGAUUCCUAGAGCAGGAACCAGCACACACUCUCGAGCCGCGUCGACCGACGUUAACCAUGAUCCACGGAGGGUAUCGAUGCUUCCACCAGGAGACACGCUUCCGCGAUCGGCAUCGAAGCGAGAGUCUAUGCUGCCCGGAAGCACGUUAUCCCAUGUGGCAUCGGGCAACUCGACACCGAUUGCAAAACGAGCUAGCACCGCGACAGGGAAGAAACCAAGGAAAAGCGUAUUUUCGGGCGAGAAGUUUAUCCCACCGCCGCCGACAUCAGCUCGACCUCUGAGCGUGGUAGGCGGACCCGUGCCAGGAAGUACGAGACCGUCUUCGAUAGGUAAAGAAAACGCCUCAAAGCGUACGAGUCUCGAAGCGGGUGUUGGACAUAAAGUCUCUGAGACGCCCAGAGCGUCGGUGGCGCGCCCUCCCGACGCGCACGCAUCAGCAGGAACCAACACACCAGCAAACCUUUCUGCACAAUCAUCGGCCGGCGAUGUCAAAGCUGUACUCAACGGAACUGCGGCGGAUAACAAAGCGGCUAACCGCCGAUCGAUAAUGAACUUCAUCCCAGCGCCUGCAGGCCCGCCACCAGCGCAUCUCUUAGGGCUCGCGGCGGGGUCCAAACCGGCUGUGCCGUCCCCGCUGCAAUUUGCAGCGCCGCCACCACCCAAGCUGGCACCACCAGCGCCAGCAAGCCUGCCGCCAGCACCUAUAUUACCACCGGGACCUCAUUCGCGAGCGGCAUCCUUAGACGUGUUGCAAGAGGUCGAACCGGCAUCUGCUGUUGAAAAGCCGGAAGCUCCCGCCAGUGACGUUCCAGCGACGGACAAAUCAACCACCGAAUACGCCGCUAUGCGCGCGCAAGCGCAGCACAUCAUCACUAUGUUGCAAACCGCGCUGCAUGGGGAAGAGGAGCAUCUGGAGGUUGACCUGGAAAUGCUGCUUGACGGGUUCGGGGCGCUGGAAAAGGCGCUGGUGGACACUGAGCUCAAAUGUCGUGAAUUGGAGCUGAAGCUGAGACAGGAGGGUGGUGCUGUUAGCUGAUCACUGGCCAGGAACUCCUCUAUUGUUUCCACAUAUGUGUGGUCCUGGGCGAGCUAAAUAUGUGUAGACACUACAGCAUACACUGUCUUGCGGUUGCUGUCUGCGUCACAUGAUGGUCCUUCUGGCAAGCAUCAGACUUCAUGGUAUCGAGUAAUCUGCUCUUUUGAGAGCACAUGGGUGUCCAUUAUACCUUCACUUCUUUUUGGAAUGUUACGAAUAGUUUAACAACGUCCUUGGAUUAGAGCGGACAUGAGGAUUUUUUUUUGAAAUACAAC